GCGCAUGCUCAGUUACGACCUCUGCGGUUCCAAAACAGAACGAGCAGCAGCAGCAGGAAGAGCCCGUGAAAGAAAGUGUUGCAAAGAGGGAGGGACUUUGAAGUGUUUUGGACACACAUUUCACGUAAGAGCGGACAGCUUUGGCGAGGGAAGAAGCCCUCAACAUGGCUGCAGCCCCCGGCGCUCCUCCUCCCUCCGCCAAAGGCAGCCUGAGGGAGGACCUGACCUGCGCCAUAUGCUGCGACCUGUUCCGGGAGCCCGUCAUGCUGUCCUGCAUGCACCACUUCUGCAAGGCGUGCAUCUCCAGGUACUGGAGGGGGGUGCAGGGUCCCGUAACCUGCCCGCAGUGCCGCAAGGAGUUCAGGUCCAAGCAGUUUCAGACCAACUACCUGGUGGCAGCCAUGGUGGAGAAGGUUCGGUCCUCCACCUCAGACUCCCAUGUCAGGAAUCUGGAGAAAAAGCUGAGCGAGAGCUUGGCGAGCCACAACUCAAUGAAGGAGGACCUCAUCAGCAGCAUUCACAAAGACAAAGACAAGAUGGAUACCAUAAAGAGGGUUGGAGCAGAUCUGCAGGUGCGUGUCAAGGGUGAUUUCAGAGCUCUGCAUCAGAUCCUGGAGGAGGAGGAGACCCACAUGCUGGAUCAGCUGAGGAGGGAGGAGGAGGAGGAACUGGAGAAGGUGCAGCGCCACCUGGAGGCCACAGAGUUGGCCAUACGGGAACUAGAAAGCAACAUAAAACUGCUACAGCAGUCCACCGUGGCACUGACUGAGUUCCCCCAGUUAAGCAGACCCUGUGUGGAGGUGAGCACAGCAGCGGAUUUUGAUGUCAGCGCCUUCAGCAGCAAAUACUUGGCUCCAUUACAGUACGUCACAUGGAGAAGGAUGUUCAAGUCUCUGAAGCCAGGUCCUGCUGCCCUAACGUUUGACGUAGACACUGCCCAUCCCAGCAUUCACGUCUCCCGGGACAAAACCGUGGCGGUGGAGUGUGACGUCAUGACCCAGCACGCGGACGACAGCAAGCGCUUCCUCCAGUGCGUCAACAUCCUGGCUGCCCAGGGCUUCCAGUCGGGGCGACACUACUGGGAAGUCGAGGUGGGCUCCAGCCCCAAGUGGGACCUGGGCGUGGCCUCCGAGACGGUGGACAGGCACGGCCGGAUCAAGCUGAGCCCCGAGAACGGCUACUGGACCAUGCGGCUGCGCAACGGGAGCGAGUACUGGGGCGGGACGCAGCCGUGGACCAGACUGCAGCUGGGGUCGUCCCCGCAGCGGAUCGGCGUGUACCUGGACUGCGACGAGAGGAAGGUGGCCUUCUACGACGCCGACGACAUGAGCCUGCUCUGCCUGUUCAGCAAGGGGCCCAGGGGCAAAGUGUUCCCCUUCUUCAGCCCGUGCAUCAGCGAGAACAGACAGAAACCUCAUCUUCUGAAGCUCCUCCAUUACCCUGCAGUGGCUCUGUCAGGCUAGCUGAAGCCGGUUUAUUCCCCCACUGACCAAAGAGCUGCCAAUCAGCGCUACUGCCAUCACAUGCAUUACUACAUCAUAGGAAAAGUUUAAUUUGAGCUUUACUCAAAAUGUAUAAGCACCAAUCAUGAUAGAUUUACAUUAUAUGGACAUUGGUACAGCCUUUUCUCACCAAGAUGAGGGUGAUUGUCUUGAGCGUUCAGAGGAAGAGGGUUUUGGUCACUUUUGUUUUUAAUCAGUAUGAAUGAAUCGCGCACUUUACUUUGAAAUGUUACAGUUGAUUAAGUUCUUUCCGCGUGUUUCAUGCAGGAGCUGGAAAUGAGACGGUUGGGCCUGUGAGCUUUUCGGUUCGACCGAUUUGCGCUCCUGCAGACGUUUGUUUGCCGUCAUUGUAUGUGCCUGGUUUCAAACACGCGUUUCUUUAUUUCAUUGUUGCGUACGUGGAUGUGUCUUCUGUUUCACUGUUGUUGCAAAGCUGCUGAUGCAGAUAAUAAACCAAGUCAAGCUUUCUUUAUAAGC